GCGAUCAAAGGUGGAAAUGUAUAGUGUCACCGUGUCUAGAAUUACAAAAUGAAUAUAGUUAUAAUACAUUACAUCUUAAACUAAUUGAUACACUUACACAAUUAUUAUCACUAUUUCCGAAUGCCAAGACAUUUUCUAAACUUGAUGAUGAUGGACUUAUUCAUCCAUAUUUAUAUUAUGAUCUUGUUAACAAUUUUGAGCCAAAUAACUAUGCAGGUUUACUAACGAAUUAUGAUCUUGUAAAUUAUAAAUUUAUUUUUAUGAGAGGUGUCUUUUAUAUGUUAGGAAGAGAAUUAGUUGAAUGUUUCUUACGUAAUAGUCUUAUUUCUGAAAAUUCCAUUGGUGAAGAUAUAUUACUUGGCAAAAUAAUUUCAAAUUAUUGUAAUGCAAAAUUUAUAGAUCUUAAUGAUAGUAAUAUGAUUUGGCAUAAACGGUAUAAUUUGGGUAAAAACAAAAAUUGCGAUUUAGAGCAACGAUAUGAAAAUGAUAUUAAUUAG